AUGCAAGAAUGGAAUGGUAUAGUAGCGUUAGCGUCACCUGUACCUAGGAGAACUGAUGAUUCAAGCUCUGAUUCAACGGAUCAAAUUUAUGAAAGCCUCGAAGCUAUUCACGUGUUUGCACUAGCUCAUGUGCUAAAAAGACCCAUAAUAGUAGUUUCAGAUACGGUUCUCCGCAAUGCCAAAGGAGAAGAAUUAUCACCAGUCUCUUUUGGAGGAAUCUAUUUACCCCUAGAGUGUCCGUCAGAGCAGUGUCACAGGUCACCUCUGGUACUUUGCUAUGAUUCGGCGCAUUUCUCACCGCUAGUCCCGAUGAGGCAUGAUUCAUCGCAAAUGCAGAUUAUUCCAAUAACAGAUUUCAAUAGAAAUCUACUUCCUGUGCAUUUUGCUAUCGAUCCAGGACCAGAUUUUAAAAAUCUUAUUAUUGUCAGGAAAGAAUGUGCUUCACCUUCACAAAAAAUGUGGAGUGAUGAGGAUGAUGCGUCGAUGGCGGCGAGACUGGCGAUGACCGACGGCGAUAAGCUAGCGCUAUUGAGCGAAUAUAUGGAUCUGGUGAAAAUGGAUGUGCGAAGGGGAAGUGUGAAAAAGACGAGACCGAUACGUACCACACAAUCGUCAACAGGGAUGGAUAAAAGUAUGACAUUGGCUAGUAGCGGCGUAGCAGGCGGUACACAGGAGAAAAAACGCAUAAUCAAUGAGAUUACUCAACAAUUUCUACGUACAUUCCGCCUUUCAAAUGGAAAAAAUAAGGAGAAUGGCAUCGAUGCGCGUACUUGUGCUGCUGAUUUAUCGCGUACGAGUUGUCUCAUAGCAUCACGUUUGGUAUCAUCAUCACAUGAGUACAUGGAAGAGAUGCCCCAGAGUGGCAGAAAACGUAUAAGCCGAUCAUUCAGCGCGUCUUCGCUCAUGAUCACCUGCAUAAAUCAAUAUUGCGGAAAGCCAGCGUUACAAAGCAACAACUUCCUUUGUCGAGAAUGCUUUGAACAUCAAAAGGAACAGAUGACGUCGUUCAACUGCGAAAAUCCGCACCUACUCAGGAGAAUUCCGGCCGCGGUAGUGUCAACAACAGCUAAAAGCACAACAAUGCCCGCAAUUGCCACGCCCACUAGAACUGCGCCGCGUGACGCAUUGCGUACAGCGGGACAAAAC